UCUGCUUGGAAAUGAUAUGCCAUAGCUUGCAGUUCAAAACAAUACUGAUAGAAGGCGCUUCUGCAUAGACAACAAAGACGGGUUGUUGCAACACGUCAUCAUUCCCGAUCAAGAUGGUGUAUGUUACUGGUGGUCAGAUGCUGGAAAACAGGUCUCCAUGGAGACUGUCAAUCAUCCCAGAAAUCUUCUGGGGUUUCAUCAACUUUAUCGUGCUAUUUUUCCAGACAAUGUACAACCCGAGCCUGUCGAAACAUGGAAGUGACACUCCCUCCAGCUACUCAAGGGGAGAUGGAAGAGGACCACCACCACCACCCCCCAGAAGGAGAUUUGGGGGAGUCCGACGUGGGGGGGCACCAGGACCCCCUCCAAUGGCAGGAGGCGGAUGAGGAAGGUAAAUGCCUGCUGCAUCAGUUGCAGUAGGCCACAGGCAGUCUACACAGCACCUUACCAUCUUCUGCUGUAACAGGCUGCCCCCCUCCCUGCAGUUGCUUUUGGUGUGGCCCACUCCAUGAAUGAUGUCACUCCAGUAAUCCCAUCAUGCUCUGGGGCUGGUGUGACUGAAGACAAGCAACUCUUGAGAGAGGGAACAACACUUGUAAAGAAACAUCAUGAUUCUUAAGAACUCUCUCGCAGUAAUAUAUUCCUGAACAACACCCAUUGACAGGGGAGUCUUAAACUUACAGAUUUUGCUGUGCAAUGUUCAUCACAAAAUAUAAUGUUAAACUAGAAUCGCCUUCAUUGUUGUCUAGGAUGAUAGUGAUACAUAAAACUCUUUGCCAAAGAACAUGGAAAGGCAAUCUGAAGUUUUGAUAGUGUUUAGACAUAAGGAAAGAAAAGUCUGUAGUCAUAAUCAACAUUUAUCCUACAAUACAUGUAGAUAUACUUCGUAUCUUCAAUAUGCAUGAUAGCCACAUGAUGGUAGUACAGUUGCCUGUACUGGUCCAUAGUAAUAAAUUAUUCAGAUGAUAACAUCAAAGUUAUUGUAAACCAGGCUUUUCAUGUCAGGACCUUUUUAUUUUGCAUAAGUUAAUCUUUCCAUGCUGCACAAUUUGUUACAGUACAUGUAUCUAUUAGCUCGGUUGGUAACCUGUGAGAAAAGAUUGUAAACUUCACAUUUCUGGUUUUCCUUGGUGUAAAUAAAACAAUUGAUGGAGUCCUGCACAUAUGCAUGUAUGUAUUUCAAGAACUAGAGAUAGUAAUAAACUGUUGAA